GAUUAUUUGUGCACUCCAGAGGAAAAUGUUUACAAGAUAGACUUCACCAGGUUUAAAAUCCGGGACAUGGAGUCUGGCACAGUCUUGUUUGAAAUCACCAAGCCAGCAGCUUCAGAGCGUGAGCACAAUGACAGGAAGGACGUGGACCCCAACGCCGGACGCUUCGUUCGCUAUCAGUUCACCCCGGCCUUUCUCAGGCUGCGGCAAGUGGGAGCCACGGUGGAAUUCACAGUAGGGGACAAACCCAUUAAUAAUUUCCGUAUGAUUGAGAGGCACUACUUCCGCGAUCAGCUGCUGAAAAGCUUUGAUUUUGAAUUUGGCUUCUGCAUCCCCAGCAGUAAAAACACUUGUGAGCACAUCUAUGAAUUCCCCCAGCUCUCGGAGGAUCUCAUUCGAGAGAUGAUCCUUCAUCCCUACGAGACACAGUCGGACAGUUUCUACUUUGUAGACAACAAGCUCGUGAUGCACAACAAGGCAGAUUAUUCAUACAGUGGAGGACCUUGAGCGCAGGAUGGGCCGCGCUGGCCUCCCCUUUCCUAUGGAAGUCGUCAGGGAUACCAACACCUUCAGUUCUGCUGCCUGCAGUGUCAACUGGACAAGGAUCCACAAAACCAAGGACUCUUUGCCACAGUAGGAGUUUCAUGACUAAAUUUGCCGGUCUCAUCUCUUUUGAGCUUUGAAGCAGACCCAGUUCUUCAGAACUUUAGGCUGAAUGAUCUUUGGAUACCAAUUCCCUAAGUUCUUUAAGUGUCUGCUUCGAAAAUGGCCUUGUGGGACCUGGGGGAUUUUGCCCUAAUUCUGUGAAUUUGUGUUCUUGCCCUCAAGUAUCUUUUAGGACAUGAUUGCUUUCCCAAAGAAUGUAAUCAGAGAAACCACGUGAGUGGAUGGAUGCAGAGACAGAGGUUUGGUUGGUUGCUUCUCUUUGUCAGUGCUUCAAAGGCCAAUUUAACUUGUCCAUCCCGUCAAAAAUGUCGAGCAUAGCAUCUCACAACGGCAAGUUUCAUCUUUAGAUUGGCUCUCUCCAUAAGUAUUUCAUCCUUUAGUUUUGGUCCUUCUAUUUAAUGUUCUGUUUAAUCCUGGAAAUGCCGAAACUCACAAUGAAGACCGGUAGUUUAAUGACAGAGCCGUUUUAAUUGGGUACUGUCCUUUCACAUUUCAGAUGAAGGUAAAUUAGCAUUGUGGGUCUAUGAACCUCUGUAAGUACCUUCCAUUCAUUUCAGGUUUUGCAGAAUAAUCAGGAAAAAUGGAAGGAUUUUAGCUUUAUUUAACAUUUUCACAUAGCUAACAUUCAGCCUAUUCAUGCUACACAUUUCCAUGUCUGUUUUUUUUUUCAUCUCUGCUCAAUACCAAGAUAAGGGCUUCAGCACUGCUUGUUAGAGCAACACUUUCAUUUGUCUAUGGCAGCUGGAGUAUGUGGAAUUUCCAAUUUUCUAUUUGAAUCUGCAUUUAAAGAAUGUUAUGACAGUGCUUUCCCUUUGUUAAAAAUGUUUCACAUCGAUAAUUAGUACAGGUGAAACAGUCUAAUAACGUACAACUUAAAGGCACAGGAAAAAAAUUUAGCAAGAGCUCUCUCUUCAGAGUCUGGAAGAAGUUUAAGACCAAUUUUGCCCAAGAAGUAGCAACACCAAGAAUAAACCAGUAUGGGGUGGCCUGUUGUCAUGAAACCCCUACUCUAAAGGUCAGUUCACUGAUACUUUAAAAAAAAAAAAAAA